AUGGUGACUAGAACAGUCGAUCUUCGAUUCGAUACUGUCACGAAAACUACCGAGGCCAUGAGGGAUGCGAUGGAAACUGUUGAAGUUGAUGAUGAUGUCUUGGGUGUUGAUCCGACUACGGUCCCAGUUAGAAUCAGAGGCACAAUGUGUAACCUCAUUAGUGUUCUUAUUCACUAUGAUAUAAGGGGAAGUGGUUGUAUUUAUGAGAAUGGUGGAAUUUCAACCUUUCAAGGCAUUCAUCCUAGGCCAUUGAAGAAAAAUGAUGAUGGAACUAUGGACAUCAAUUCGAUUAAAGCCACCAUUAGAGAUUCGAGAGGAGAGAUUGUUUACCCAACUACGAGGAUGGUUUGCUUGGAGAAUUUACAUGCAAACACCAGGGGUAGAGGUUUGUCUGUAGAAUACAUAGACAAAGUUGGUGAGAUAGCUAAGAAGUAUACUUGA